AUGCUGGGCCUUCCAGGCCCAAAACGGCCCAAGGAGAGACCGGGCUCCGCUCCCCAGGAAACGAAACUCAUCCCCUCCGCCGCCGUGAGGGUGUGGGGAGCAGGGGAAUUGGGUGGUGUGAUUUCUGGAGAUUUGCCGUUGGUGGGAUGGCCUCAAGGAUGGGCAUGGGUACUGGCACCUACGGUGGUGUAUGGCACACAGUUCAAACUCUGCCUAGUUGCAGUCAGGCAUGUCAGUAAGGCUGUUGAGGUGCUCAGUACCGACCAAUUUGGAUUUGGAAUUGGGAAAGAUUUCCACAGAAAGGAGGCACUUACUGAGCUGCUUGGUCUUGAUAAACAUGUGUACAAUGAUGCCAUGGGUGGCUGGGCGAGGUUUGGGAGUGGUGAUAAAUUGCAGGAGGUUUGGACAAAGAUGGAAGAGGAUGGGCUGGUUCCAGAUGAGGUUUCGCACUGCCAUCUAAUUGAGGGACUGGGUAGAGCAGGGCGGAUUGAGGAUGCACUCAGGGUGUCUGAGGAUAUGGUACAUGAGAGACAUGGUCCAACUACAAUGGCCUACGAUGCACUUAUUUUAAAUUUUCUUUCGGUUGGGGAUUUGGACAGGUGUAUCAAGGAUUACAAGGACAUGUUGGAAAAGAAUUGCACCCCAAAUAUCGACACAUACUCCAAGAUGAUUAAAGCCUUUCUGAAAGGUCGCAGGGUAGCUGAUGUGCUCCACAUGUUUGAUGACAUGUUGGCUCGAGGAGUUCUGCCAAAUACUGGGGGGAUAACAUCAUUUAUCAAUCCCUUGUGCACAUUUGGACCACCUCACUCAAAGCGAGGCAUCCCCUCCGCCGCUGGUAUCCUCUCUCUGAGGAUGCGGAGCCGGAGCCAGCCCCUCCGCCGCUGA